GGAGGGUUUCUGAGCAUGGAUCCAACUGUCACAGCCUGGGGGACCGAAUACACAGCAGUGAAUGGAAGUGGCCAGGCUCUACCUCAAACUUGCAGCAUGGAGACUGUGGUCCAGGCCUCGCUGACCUUCAUCAUCGCCCUGGUCGGGCUGGCAGGAAACGGGAUUGUCCUGUGGCUCCUGGGCUUCCACAUGCGGAGGAACGCCUUCACUGUCUACAUCCUCAACCUGGCCGGAGCUGACUUCCUCUUCCUCUCCUUGCUGAUUAUACGUUCCCUGGUGUUACUCACCAACUUCUUCCGUUCCAGCUCCAUCUCCAUCCCCAAGUUUUUGACCCCUGUGUUUACUUUUGUCUACAUUGUGGGCCUGAGCGUUCUCAGUGCCAUUAGCACCGAGCGCUGCCUGUCGGUCCUGUGUCCCAUCUGGUACCGCUGCCGCCGCCCCAGACACACGUCAGCUGUCAUGUGUGCCCUGCUCUGGGCCCUGUCCCUGCUGCUGAGUGUCCUGAGAGGGGAGUACUGUGGCUUUCUAUUUAGCGAUGGUGACGUGGGUUGGUGUCGGGUAAUUGAUUUCAUCUCCGCCGCGUGGCUCAUUUUCUUAUUUGUGCUUCUCUCCGGGUGCAGCCUGGCCCUGCCGACCAGACUGCUGUGGGGCUCCCAGCAGGUGCAGCUGACCAGGCUGUAUCUGACCAUCGUGCUCACAGCGCUUGUCUUCCUCUUCUGUGGCCUGCCGUUGGGCAUCCACUGGUUUCUCGUAUUCUGGAUUCAGGGUGGUUUUGAUAUGUUCUCCUUACAUCUUUAUCUGGUUACAAUGUUCCUGUCCUGUGUCAACAGCAGCACCAACCCCGUCAUUUACUUCUUCGUUGGCUCCUUUAGACGGCGGCAGCGGCGGCGGCGGCAGCGGCGGCAGACCCUCAAGUUGGUUCUCCAGAGGGCUCUGCAGGACACCCCUGAGGUGGCCGAAAGUGGAGGCAGCUUUCCUCAGGAACCCCUGGAGAUGUCCGGAAGCAGUGUGGUGUCCUGA